GCAUAUAUCACCACCAAGCAAGCAAGCACAAAGAUCGUCCGCUGGCGUCCUUUCUCCUCCGCGUACGAGCUGUGCCCGAAACCGGACGGAACGCGAGGCAAGCAAAGCCUCCGGCCAUCCAGCACAUCUCCAUUGUCCGCUCAUCUCCGUGCCCAGUACCAACGAGGCAUCCCUGCAAGUCUGCAAGAGUGCUAUCGGGUCCUCCUUCUCUUAUCCAGCCUGGACCCCGAGCAUCACGCCCAGGUUCAGGUUCAGCUGUAUACACACAAGCGCCGAAGGUUUCCACUCAGUGCUUGUUUGUUCGACAACACCCGUGUCGGCAUUGGGAUCUCUCGUUGCGCAACGCUCGCGACCGAAGAUCUGGACUGACAAGUGCAAGUCCAUUAGCGACCCUUUCCCCCUACCCCACUCGAUCGGUGCUGCCGCUACCAAGCUCGCUGCCAAAGCUUGGCGCUUGGAUUCGGUGGACGACGCGGCGCGCCAUCUGCAUCAAAGGGCCGCUGUGAAUUUGGCGAGAAAAGCUCGCUUCCCCACGCCGGUGUCUAUCCUGCUGCUGAAAGAGCAGGCUCAGAUCCCAUAGCUGCGGAAGUCUUGAAGGACUACGCCGCAGCUUGUGCAGUAGCAGCCAGAGCCACGAAGUCUCCCUGUCCGUAGCUUCCUCCUUGCCUCCAAAAGGAGCAGAGCUUCCCGACGCGGCAUCAUGAACUUCAUCUUUAAAAGCAAGCAGCGCACGCCAGCCGAGCUGGUCAAGCACCUGCGCGACACGAUCGCGCGCCUCGACAAUGGCUC